AAGCCAACGCAUCUCUUCCUCUCUCUCCCAGCUUGUCCGGUUCCGGUUUUCGUGUUCCAAGUUUCAAGUUCUACAAGGGUCCCGUCUCGGUUCUACUGUAUCAUUAUGUCUGCAAAGGUUUACGUUGGCAAUUUGAGUUGGAAUACAACGGAUGAAUCUCUCCGCAAUGCUUUCGCGGAUUUCGGCCAGAUUCUCGAUGUACGCUACCCGUUUUCCUGCUGUCGCGUUCGCAAUGUUCUCCGCAAAAGACAAAGCGUUCGAUCGAUCGUGAUGCGUGAUCGCGAUACUGGUCGCUCUCGUGGCUUUGGCUUCGUGACAUACAGCUCUGGCCAAGAGGCCCAGGCUGCUAUCGCCGGCCUCAACGAGCAGGAGCUCGAUGGUCGUCGCGUGAAAGUUAACCUCGCCAAUGCACGUGGCUCUGGUGGAGGUGGAGGUGGCGGCGGAGGUGGAGGAGGUUACGGUGGUCAGCAAGGUGGCUACCAGGGUGGAGGAGGCUAUGGCGGCCAACAGGGCGGCUACCAGCAGCCAGGUUAUGGUGGAGGUGGAGGCUACGGUGGCCAGCAAGGUGGCUACGGUGGCUACCAGGGUGGAGGAUACUAGUUGUAUCUCCGACGCGUCAUCCAUGCGUGCCAUGCUCGUCUUCCCUGUUGCAUCGGUGCUUGCCCAAGCAAACGCAUUGCGGAUGAUAUUCUGAUUUUUUUUCUCUCUAUCUCUUCUCGCUUUCUUGAUAUGCUUGACCCACUCAUCCACGACGUUCCUUAUCACUCCCCGUCGUUUUCACUCAUAGCACUUGUCGUUUUCGUCCCUGGCUUUCGUCUUUGGUCAUCGGUUUUUCACAAUCCGGCUUGUACUUGUAUGAUUAUCAGGUCCCUCUCGCUGUCCCUGUUCCCGUAUUCCUAGUUGACCCGCAUCGCUUGUGGGUGGGUGUGUCGUGUAUUAUUUUUCUCGUUCUCGCUCUGCCUUGUAUCACCAUACGUACCGAGGGUUUAUGUGAUUCCAGUUGUCGUAGUGCCUUACCAUGUUUGUGUGUUUCCGAGCAUGCGGCAGGCACAUGCUUGCACAUGCUCCCGAAGUCCGUGCCCGCAAUCAGAUCUUGAAAAUAAGAACGGC